UGUCUCCGGAGACACAUCUCAACUCAGCUGCUCCACUCUGAGGCUCAGGGUGCCUCCAGCGCUCCAUUAACACCCCGACCCACCUCUGCUGGCAGGACUCCUCCACCUGCGCUUCAGCUCCAACUGAGACAGGAUCUCUCUCUCGCGCGCAGCGGACUCUCUGCAGGGAAAGUUUGCCCUCCUGGUUUAUUUAAGAUGAAACUUGAAGUUUUCUCAGCGCACCACUUUGCGCAGAAGCCACUGGAGUUGUGCUUGGACGCAGACAGGGGAGUCCCGUCUCCUCUGUCCGCAGAUGAGCUCGGCUCGGACGGGGACUGCAUGGCCAACAGCCCGGCACCUGUCUCCCAGAGCGGGGACGGCAGCAAAGGGAAACCCUACACCCGCAGACCCAAGCCCCCUUACUCCUACAUCGCUCUGAUCGCCAUGGCCAUCCGGGAGUCCAGCAGUGGCCGCCUCACGCUGGCAGAGAUCAACGACUACCUGAUGAAGAAGUUCCCAUUCUUCCGUGGCAGCUACACCGGCUGGAGGAACUCCGUGCGCCACAACCUCUCCCUCAACGACUGCUUCCUCAAAGUUCUGCGGGACCCGUCCAGGCCCUGGGGCAAGGACAACUACUGGAUGCUGAACCCGCACAGCGAGUACACCUUUGCAGAUGGGGUGUUCCGCCGCAGGAGGAAGCGCAUCGCUAAGGUGCCCUCCAAGGAGCAGGAAAGCCCGGACAUCCUCAGUGAGGACACCCGCCUCUCUCCCCCGGAGGAGAGAGUGGCAGUCAAGUUCUCCAGCUCCUUCGCGAUCGACAGCAUCCUCAGCACGCCGUACAAACGGAAGGAGGACAGUCACGCUGACGCACAGAGCUCCGGCCACCUGCUGUACUGGCCCCCAGGGCCCCACAUAAUGCCGUACUCUCUGAACUACCCGGUGCAGCACACGUACCUGUCAGAGGCGGCGUACAGCAGCGCAGAGACCAGCCGACAGGCGCCCUCGCACCUGCAGCAGUCAUCUGCGCGCGCGGGCGCACCUGAGGCCGCCUUCAGGAAGCCCAGCAAAGCUCGAGGCUUCCACAUAGACUCCCUGCUGUCCUGAAACAGCCGCGCUGCUGUCAGACUGUCAUUCUGAACCACGACGUGCACUUUCGUGAGCGCGCUUCCUGCUGACAGCGCUGUCAAAACUGUGCGCAACUUCUCACCCUGACCAAGCUGCUGUAGACUCCAUUUACGGUUAACCAUAAUAAUAAUAAUGAGUAAAUAUAACGAACUGUCAGAAAAAAUGAAAUUGGUGCGUGCGCGCUCCAGUGCGCGUGCGCGUCCGAUUAUUUUUUAGAGCGCAUGUUUGUGUUUUUGUGGUUCAUUGGUCAUUUCUGCUGAAUGAUGGCAAACAUCAGAUCUGUCAUUUUAUUUAUAUUUUCUUGUUUUUUACGACUUGCUUUUUUAAAAAUAAAAUAUUUGUAAAUAUGUUGACAGAGCUCACGUGGCUGCACAAACGCAGAGGAUGAUUGAAUCAUGCUUGAUAUUUUUAUGAAUAAAAAAGUGAAACGAUGGGAUGGUCAAACACUUAUUUAUUUAUUAUUAAAGUUGCUGUUAGAAUAGAGGCACGUGUGCGCAUGUGUGACAAAGGCCUCACACCUGCUCAACAGCAACUGCGCUGUAUAUGAUCACCUUUAUGCAGAAAAAAGAAAAUAAAGCUGAAAUGUACAUCCAUCUUUUUGUCUUGUGUUUCCUGUCAAAGCUUCACUGAUUUUUUUAGGUUUGAAUCGUUAAUAAAAUGGCAACUAAAUAACAGUAAAGUGUGAUUUAAAUACAAAAAAAUACAAAUAAAUAUAAAAAGAAAGUCUUCAUCCGUGCAUAUCCACUCAAACAGUUGAUAAAAAAAUAAUUUAAUGUAACAAAAACUCAAAAACAUAUCAAAUCGAUUUAGAUUUCUAGACUUUAAGUAAUAAUGUCUGUAUAUUUGAUCAAAUUGACUCAUAUUAUUUUUUUUUAAUAAUUAUGUUCUACAUUAAGUGGAAUCUGAUUUAAAAGAAAACAAAAUAAAAAGUGAAAAUGUUUUCCCCUUUCACCUCCUCACAUCCAUAACACCUGAAAUUAUGUUGGUGUAUUGCUUACCCAAAAUGCAUCAUGUGUUUACGCCCAAGAGAGGGCUGAACUCUGAGGUCCUUACACUGAUCCCAUAAAACAAAAAAUAAAAAACAAACCAAAACAUACAGUUAAAGGAACAAAAAUACAAUUUAACCAGCACACAUAACUUAAAAAAACAUCUAACACCUAUAAAAAACAACUUAAAAAGCUGCUUUCAUUUCAUUGUUUUGUGUGUGUAUGAUCACAAUUUCUUUAUUGUGAUUCAAGCUUUGAAAUAUGAAAAUAAAGCUGUUUACGGCUGCCAAACUCAGGGUUGUGAAAGCCUU